CAAAGAAGUAUGUCUUCUGAUUGUUUAUUACUUAGAUAUAAUUGAUAAAAAAAAUGAUAACUAACAAAAAAGGUUUUCAUUUAAGCUUGAUCAGGUGAUAAAAUUGAAACAGAUUUAGAUAAUAAUAAUAAUAGCAAUAAUAAUACUUGGUGAAUACUAUUUCAUAUUACUAAGCUUCUGGAGUGGAUCAGGAUAACCAACCAUUUUCUCAACACUUUCUCUCUCUCUGUGGAUAAUUGAAGGAGAAAUAUCAGUCUCAAAUAAUUUAGCGAUUAAAUGCUUCUUCUUCUUCCAAACUACUUAAAUGACAACUGAAACACGGGAGUUUUAAAAGACAACCAUUAUCGUCAUCGUCAUCACCAAUAUAAUUAAAACAAAUCAACGAAAUAUGCACACUGCACAUUCACUUGUUACAGAUGAUGCUUAUGGAAGAGAUUUGUACAUGUUGAAUCGAUGCCUCGAAGAUAUUGAAUAUUUCGAGAGAAACUUGAGAAAGUUUUUGAGAUCAUUAGAUCGUCAUGGGGCAGAAAAAAGCACUGGUGAUACUAAAAAUACCGACAGUCAACCACCGAAUGCUACAGACACUAUCGAUGCAUUACAGAAAGUUAAAUUUGCAUUAAAUAUUACUGAAAAAAUUAGAAAAUCUCUUCCAUACUUAUCAAAAGAAGUUUUCGUCUAUUUAAUAAGAGUUGUUCGAAAAGUGCAUAAUUCUGCGAAGGAGAAACUAAUACCCAAUUAUAAUCCAAAUAUAGUAGUGGAUGUUAUUGAACCUUUAUUGUAUGAAUCGACUAUCACAUCAUUAUUUAAACUUUUCACAGUAAAAACGAAAGAAUUUUGGUUAGAACUUGGUCCUUCAUGGAAUACACCCAGUUCAAAAUGGCCAAAUUCACUAAAAACCUACAUGCCAACAUUCAGUCAACCGUACAAACGAAGGAGGACAACACAACGGUCGAGUGAUUUGACCGGCAGACAGCAAGUAUUUAAUUCACGGAUACUUCUGAAAGGGACACCUGAUAUCGAUGAUAACUAUGAGCCACAUUUUCAUGGUGGUUUGCGUUAUUUCCGCGUUGAUGACAAAGAGUAUUUAGCUUACCAGAGAUAUAGACGAGAAGUUAAACUUCGAGACGAACAUUUAGGUGAAUAUAUUUUGCCUAGUGUGAAUUCAGACAGUGGUAAUAAAAAACCAGAUGAAUCGCAAGAACAUGAGAUAAAGCUAAUUGAUUUUGAUACCUACUGGACUGUAUAUGAUCAGAAUAGAAUAAUUGGAGAAAUACCUCAUGUGAAAGUCAACUGUUACCAUCAUACUGAUAGAAGAAUAAAAAAUGAAGUGAACAAUAAACUUUCGAGUGGUGCAGAGCAUUCAAGACAAACGGAAAAUCUUGGGCAGUCUACUGGGAAUGUCAUGCUUUACUAUGCUGUUACUGAACAGAGCCAUACAUCACUGCCGUCAUCUCCUCUAAUUCUGUUUCCCCUAAAAACUCAACUUCACACUACACAAAAAUAAUCUGGAAUCUUUUUUUUCACUCAAACUAGUUAGUAGAUAUAUGUGUGUGUGGGUUGAUGCACUUGUUCAUGAGUUCAAAUCUUAGAAUAACCAAUAAAUCUCAAUUCGAAUUAUCAAUAUCGCAAUUACAUAUUUAUUUGAUUCAAUGGGUUUUGACCUCUGGUAUGGGGACUCUCACAGUGAAACACAUAUUACCCCCAUUUCUUUGAUUGUUUUACUUUUCUAAUAGUUGUAUCUGUCUUUCCUAUUUUUAUAUUGAUAUUUUGUUCUGAAAUAUUACUUGUCUGAUUCAAUAUUCCUAAAAUUUACUAUGUACAUAUGCUAAACGAAUAAACGCACAAGUUUUUUCUUUACAGCAUAUCUCUUUUAUCAUAUUUCACUUAAUGAUACAUCUGCGAGACUAUAUGAACUUCCCAGAUCAUGGAAAUUAUCCCAAUGAAAAGUCAAAAAGGCAGUUUUCCUGAAUACAAGAUUUCAACCAUCUGCGGAUUGUUUGUUUUGUUUGUUGAAAAAGUCAACGUCUUUAGUGUUUGCCUAUCCUGAUAUUUUUCUUAUUCUGAGUACAUGUUAGGAGGAGAAGUGAAUUUAGGCCUAUUUGUUAGCAAAAAUGUACUAUUUCACUUCAGAUUAUUUCUAUCUGAAGGAUAGAAUUUACCGGUAAUCAUGACAAUGACACUAAUUGUAGCGGCGUACUUCGUUGCUAUGUUAACCUAGUAACAUAAGUAAGCUUUUUUGAAAUAUUUCGACAUUAAAUUUUGAAUUGGAAAAUUGUUCUGAGAUGCUUAUUUUCGGGCUGUUGUAAAGUUUUUGCUAGUUUGUAGCGUUAAAUGUUGUUU